CAAUUUUUUUCAUCAUUGCAAAUUCAAUGUGCUAAAAAUGCAUGAAUAAAAAAGAAAAAAAAGAUUCCCAGAGUUGGAGGAUAUCUGUCCUUAUAUACUUCCUUUUGGCAUUCCAUAGUUACCUAAGUGAAAUAUCUGAGUCUUUGAUAUUAGGGCUCUCUUUUCUUCUUUAAGUUCCUAAGGAAUUAUAGUAACUGGGUUCUGGUUCUGCAACAGUAAUAAAAUCAUCUGUCUAAUCUGACAGUUUGUUUAGUGUAGUUUUUAAUUCUGGGAUCUGGGUGUUUUCUGGGUAGAUCUCUGGUUUAACCCUUUAUUUGCAUAGAAUUUGUCACCGAACCAAAACUACUACAGAAAGCUUUUAGUGUCAAAGAAGGAUUCUUGAGCUGUAAAAAACCCAGUCAUGGAGAUUCUUCUGUUUGAUGGUUCUGAUCAUGAUGCAUUUUUUAUGGUUAACUUCUGGAAGUUCAUAGGAUAUAUGCAGAUUGCAGAAGCUUAUAUCUGAUAUUGGUUAUAUUUACAUGUUUGGUGGUGGCACAAGUAUAUAACAGAACCAUGUCUUUGCAUAUGAGAAAUUCAAGACCAGUUCUUCAACGCAAUGUACUAAAGAAUUUGACUUCAUAUAGAAAAAGACAAAGUAUACAUCUACCUCUUGCUGUACAAUUAUCUUCAGUUCUUGUACAAACAGAUGAGAAUGGUGAUCUUCCCGAAUUAAGAAAGGCUUCGAGUACUUCUGUUGCAGCUCAAGCUAAAUUGAAGGCUCAGAAUCCAUUGCUCAGCCAAGCUGAAACAGUGGGCAUCAUGGGAGGAGUGUCUGUUUUCUCUACUCUCAUUUUCUUAGAGAAGCUUGUUUGGAUGAGCUCAAGAGAAGGUAAAAAAUGCCAGCUUCCUUUUGUCGUCUGCAGCGAUCCAGAAUUGGGAAGAAAAUUCUCAUCCUGCAGUUCCUUGGGAUUGCAUCACACUAAGAGUGAACAGACUGAGUUCAACCAUAGUUCAAUCAUAGAGAAUUUUCGAAGUAUUCGAGCAUUUCUCGAGCAGUCUGGAGCUCACUGCAUAGUCAUGCCAUGCCAUGUUUCACAUGCCUGGUUUGGUGAGGUAUUUGAGGGAUGUUCACUUCCAGUUUUUCAUGCAGGUGAAUGUAUCGCCAGGGAGCUCAAGGAGGCAAACCUUAAGCCACUUGAAGCUGGGAGCAAUGUCAGGAUCGGGUUACUUGCCUCACACACAACUUUAGCUGCCGGAUUUUAUCAGGAGAAACUGCAGAAUCAGCAGGGUUUCGAGGUCGUGUUGCCUGAUAAGGCAACAAUGGAGCACGUUGUAAUUGCAGCAACUGAGUCAUUAAACAGAAGAGACAUGGAAGGAGCAAGGAAUCUGUUGAGGAUUGCAAUCCAGGUUCUUUUGGUUAGAGCUGUAAAUACUGUCAUUAUUGCCUAUGAUGAAAUGCUUGGUCUGUUGCCUCAUGAUGAUCCUCUUCUCAAGAAAUGUGUUGAUCCUAUGGAUGCCUUGGCCAGAUCAACUGUACAAUGGGCUAAAUCUGUAAAGAAUGCACCAAGGAGAAAAAACAUGAAGUGACUUCUGAUAUCAUCACCGUUCAUUGUAUUGAGUUAGAGCGAAAAAAAAUUGAAUUUCAGCCAAUUGUGGCAACAAAACCAAUGUCAUAAGCUACAUCACCCAUUAUCUCUACUCUUAUAAGCUCUGUUUUAUGCUUUAUGUAGUGAGAUUGUAAAACUUUUAUA